UAGCUUAGCAGACAUUGCUUGCUCCACAGUCGCGUCUAGCGCCAAAGGAAGGGGCACUUGCAGUGUAAGCCUUCUGGGAUGCACUAAACACCAGGCAGGGUUCUGUGUGUACUCUGACGUGGAGUACCUGGAGCUUUUGCAAGGGGCGUGUUAGGUUUCUUGCGGCUUGCACCUGAGCAUCCAGAGUGCUCUCCAAAUCCCAGCCCCAAACUUCCGCUUCCACAGAUCUCCUGGAGAGCGUGGCGCACUCAACUUUCUAGACAUUGCUGCAAAAACCUAGCAUGCAGCCUCUGACUUCAUCAUUUCAUCUUAAUUACGGUCCGAUUCGCGGACUUUGGGUGGGAACACACCAGAACUAGAGAGACUCAUCCAUUAGUUACUAACUACCCAGAGGGGAGAGCGGUGCUGGCAGUCCAAAUUGCAAGGUGCGCUGCCUUUAGCGUGCGGCGUCUUCGCCCUGGAGAAGCAUUACGCCGGCCCGCCUGCCUCCAGGGCCACAUGGAAACGUGUUCUGCAAACUUUCUCCAAGGGCUCGGGGGCUAGAUUGGGUCUCGCUCCGCUGCCUCUCCCCUUGCCUCAAUUUCGACUCGCGCCAGACAGCUCAGCCCCUCCCUCUGGCAGUCACCCCGCCCGGAUUGGGAGUGGUCAACGAAGCUGCAAAAUGGAUCGCAGGUCCCCACCACGCCCGACACCUCCUCGCGCCCUGACCAUGAACGCGUCCCUGACUUAACCGCCACACUCGGGCCGUGAGCGCCUGCCAGCAGGGCCUUCCGCCACACACACACAGACACCGCAAGCAGCGGCGACCAGGGCAGGAGCCCACUCCCCGCCACCCGCAGGCGUCGGACCCGAAGUCCACGCGCCGGAACUCAGAGCAGGAGCGGAAGGACCCCAGCGCAGAAUCCGUGGAGGCGCACGGCUUCAGCCACCGCACUCCCAGAUGGGGUCCCAGCCAAGAUCCGGCCACGAAGACACAGGCGACCCCGGCCUGGGUUUCCUGUUCCAUGAGCUCCAGGAAGGCGACAGUCAGUGCUUGUCUGGGGACCCGGACCGGUGCUUUGGGGAACUCUCCCGGAGGGAGAGAGUUUGGGGAACUCUCCCAGGAAGGGAACUUUCCCGGAGAGGGGAGCGUGGACCGGACGCUGCUGCGCCUCCUCUCUCAGGGCGCGGUUCUAUGCUGCCCUGUGCCCGCGCCAAACGCCCUGAUCUCUCUCUGUCUCUCUCCUCUCUCAAUCUCUCUUUGCCUUUCCUCCUUUCCAGAUGCGAAGGCUGUAGGGACUUUGGUGAUUGAAGCUGGAGGAGACGAUGAGAAGAAAAUACGGUCCAAACCCGAGCAGGGAGCUGAAGCAGAAGAAGAAAGUCACUUCUGUGCGGGAGCUGCCGAUCCUACGAUCAAGGAGAACCAGAAGCGCGGCCGUGGCGACCAGGAGCCCUCGCAGCAGCAGCCUGACGCUUCCAGCCCAGGACUCCUCCGCGGAGAAGCCACAACCCCAAUAUUAGCGGCGUCUCUCCAGCCCCAGUGCGUUCAGCAGGUUGCACCUGAAGGAGCUAGACAGCAUUUUCCCACGCUCUGAAUAUCCCGACGUGUUCGCUCGAAAGCAGCUUGCAAUCUGCAUGGAUGUGAGUGAAGCCGAAGUGGAAGCCAGUAAGCCUGAUGAAAGCAAUUGGUCAGAGUAGCCACUCUCUGAAACCUGCCUCAGUCCUUGAAUACCUUUGUCCUACACAUUCUCCAAUUGGCCUGUUUUUGUUGCCUUUUCUAUGUUUGCCAAGU